CCGUCGCUUGUGGUUUUUGGAGCCCUGGGCCCGUGGCCUGGGCACGACUGGCAGAUGCGGCUACAGACCACGCUAAAGGAGACGCAGACGCUGAAACCGAUUGCGGAUGCUCUGCGUGAACUUCCUCUCCUAUGGGACUCACUGACCUGCAGCGAUACUGCUCUCCAUGCAUCUUCCGGAAAGGCUGCCGCAACGAACUUGGCGCACUGGAUCACCCGGGAGACCGGUGAACACCUCUCGCUGGAAGAGGAGCGGAACGCGCUCAUGAUGCCCAUGGCUGUCAUCUCCCACGUCAUCCAGUAUCUCGAGUACCUGAAGCUGCGCGAGGGAGGCGCUGCCCACUCCGCUGUUCUCGAAAGCGUGACUAACGGUGGUGGUGUCCAAGGCUUCUGCGCAGGUCUACUCAGUGCGUUAGCAGUUGCCAGUGCGAAGAGCGAAGAGGACAUUGGCGUCUACGCUGCGAGCUCUGUAAGACUCGCUUUCUGCAUCGGCGCCUACAUCGACUUCGACCAGGCCAGCUCAUUCGGCUUCACAAAACUUGCAGUACGUUGGCCAGCGACAACGUCGCGAGAGACCAUUGAGGAUCUUCUCGCAACAUACCAGGAAACAUACAUCGCGGUAAUACGAGAUGAACGAGAUGCCACCAUCACGUGUCCGGUCUCGGUAGCCUGCUCUUUGAGACAGGAACUAGCUCGCUCCAAUAUCUCGGUCCGCGACACUGGCUUGCCAGGCCGAUACCACACCCAAGUACAUACAGGCAUACCAGAGCGGAUAUUGAAGGCUUGCGAGGGACGUUUACAGCCCCCCUUUGUCCACACUGGCUUGGUGCGUUCCAACACCGAUGGAGCUACCUUGCCAGACGACGACAAUGCCACCAUUGUGGCUCUGCGCAGCAUACUAGAAGAACGAGCCAAUUGGUAUCUCACCAUAUCCGCUGCUGCCACUGCUUUGUCACCCACAGGCGAACGCUCUUGUAUUCUUGCAGUGGGUCUGGAUGCAGUCCCAUCAUCUGUGGCGAAACGAUUCGCCACUCAAAGGAUGUCUGCCAAUAGUUCCGAUGUGCGAGUCGGGCAACCCAAGUUCGGUGCGGUUCCAGAAGUCUCCGAAACCGAUUGCUAUCCAGCAGGUGCAAUCGCAGUGACUGGGAUGGCUUGCAACUUUCCCGGCGCGGAGUCCGUGGAUGAUUUCUGGGACCUGCUCAAAACAGGCAGAUCGAUGCUGUCAGAGAUGCCACCGGAGCGCUUCCAGCCUGGCGAGUCGUCCAGAUCCAAGGAGGAUUUGAAGUUCAUGGGAAACUUCAUCGACGAUAUUGCUGGCUGGGAUCACAAAUUUUUCAGGAAAUCCGCAAGAGAAGCUGCCUCCACAGACCCGCAACAGCGGCACCUCCUCCAGGUGACUUAUCAGGCUUUGCAAGACUCCGGCUACUUUGCUAAUCCAUCACGACCGCGAGACAUUGGAGCAUAUAUAGGAGCGUGUUCAGCUGACUACGAUUUCAAUGUGGCAUCACAUCCGCCCACUGCUUACUCGACUGUAGGCACCUUGCGAGCAUUUCUGAGUGGCAAAAUUUCUCACUACUUCGGGUGGUCUGGCCCCUCGUUGACGUUCGACACAGCUUGCUCUUCGUCGGCUGUUGCGAUACACACUGCAUGUAAAGCCUUGCAGACUGGAGAAUGCUCGCAAGCUAUCGCGGGCGGAGCCACACUACUCAGUAGUCCAUAUCUAUACGAAAAUCUUGCAGCAGCCCAUUUCCUUAGCCCGACUGGCGCCACAAAGCCCUUUGACGUAAGUGCAGAUGGUUAUUGUCGUGGGGAAGGCAUUGGAGUUGUUGUCCUCAAAAGGCUUGAUGAUGCUAUAGCAGACGGAGACUUCAUACGUGGCGUGAUCGUUGGCUCGGCCGUCAACCAGAAUAGCAAUUGUGUGCCAAUUACCGUGCCACACGCAGCCUCACAAGCUGCACUUUAUCGCAAAGCAGCCCAACAAGCGGCUAUAGAUCCUAAGACAGUCGAUUUUGUGGAAGCACAUGGCACAGGCACGCCGGUGGGUGAUCCGAUCGAGAUGGAGAGUAUACGCGAUGUGUUUGGCAGUGUCGAUGAACGGACCUCUACUCUUUUCGUGUCCUCUGUGAAGGGCGCAGUCGGGCAUCUGGAAGGCGCUUCCGGCGUUGCAUCACUCAUCAAAGCUGUGCUACAGAUGGAGCAUCGAGCUGUUACUCCGCAAGCAUCGUUCACAAGGCUUAAUCCAAGAAUCCCACCACUCGCGCCACAUCGCAUGUGCAUACCGACAUCGCUGCAGAAGCUUGACGGCCAUCGACUGACUGCCUGUAUUAACAAUUACGGCGCUGCUGGAAGUAACGCUACUUUGAUGCUCGCCGAAGCGCCUCGCCAACCGCAACGUCUUCUGCCUGAGAAAUCAGCGAUCUGUUCCAAAUAUCCCAUUAGACUCUGUGCCGCUUCUCCUAGCAGCAUGAUUGCCUCUUGCAAGUCCUUGGACCGCUUCAUCUCUCGUUGGCUCGCUUCUCACACCCUGAUUGAACACUCACAUCUCCUGCCGAGUCUGGCCUACAGCCUGUCGAGACAUGAAGACCAGCAACUCUCCCAUAUGGUUACAUUCGCAGCGACACCGACAGAUAUAGGACAGCUGCAGUCCCAUCUCAGGAAACGGUGUAUGGACAUCCACAGUGUCAUCGAGACGCCCAAAGAGCCGCCUCUGGUAUUAUGCUUUGGAGGACAGGGUGCGGAUGCUAUUGCUCUGGACCGCCGUGUGUGGCAAGUAUCUGCACUGCUACGGUCCCAUUUAGACCGCUGCCAUGAGUUGCUUUGCGAAAUGGGCUACCCAGGCAUCUACCCGUACAUCUUUCAGACGGAACCGGUCACAAACGUGAUUGCACACAACUCGAUACUCUUCGCGAUGCAGUAUGCUUGUGCGCAAUCCUGGAUAGACUCUGGUCUCAAGAUUGACGCACUCGUGGGGCAUAGUCUUGGUCAAAUCACAGCGCUGAGCGUCUCUGGGGUUCUAUCACUACGAGACGGUCUCAAGUUCAUUGCGGGUAGAGCUGCACUGAUGCUGAAGUACUGGGGCGCCGAGCCUGGCUCCAUGGUCGUACUCGAUGCUGCUGAAAGCACCACACACGAGAUCAUCACAGCACUCCAAGAGCGGGACCCUAAUCUUCAGUAUGAGGUCGCCUGCUACAACGGACCCAAGUGUCACGUUGUAGUCAGUGAUCGAGCAUCAGCGGCAGUACUAAUCGAAGAGGCAAGUAAGCGUGCUGUUCGCCACAAGCAGCUUGCUCUGCAAUACGGCUUCCACUCGCGCUUCACCGAUGCUCUAUUUCCCCACCUUGAGCGACUUGCAGAAUCACUUGAGAUCCAUCCACCGGAGAUUCAUUUGGAGAGCUGUUCUCCCAACAGUGCUUGGGAGCGACCUACUGCGAAGCUCAUCGCGGCCCACACUAGAGACCCUGUCUACUUCAAACAGGCGGUGCAGCGCGUCCACGAUAGACUGGGACCCUGUACAUGGCUGGAAGCAGGGUCAAACUCCACUGUCAUUGGGCUGACAGCGCGCAUUGUAGGAGCUACAGAUGGGAGCAAAUUUGUACCUACAGCCCUGAACAAGACCACAUCGUUGGAGCAGUUGACGGAUGUCACGAUCAACUUGUGGAACCGUGGACAUAGGUUACAAUACUGGAAUUUCCACCACAGCCAGCAAGCCGAUUACGAGGUGCUGAGGCUGCCGCCGUAUGCGUUUGAUAAGCACAGACACUGGCUGGAUCUUGUCGUGCACAGACCUGAGACGCCCAACACACAGUCGUGUGAGCCGAUGCUGCCGCCUGCAUUACCGGCCACACUCAUUAGCCUAGAAAGGUCAGACAUGCAGGGCCACCAUUUCAUUAUCAACCCAUCGAGUCAAGAAUACCAGAGCAUAGCCAAAGGACACAAUGUGUUGGGAACGUCUUCUUGCCCGCCUUCGAUCUACAUUGACAUUGCUGCGAGAGCCGCUCUGCUUACCGGGCACAACGGCCUCGACAGCGUUUUGCCCGAGGUCACUGGUCUGAGGAUCGGAACUUCUAUGAGGCUCAAUGUCGAAGGCAGCGUCAAACUCCUGCUAGAGGCAAUGGGAACAUCGUGGAAAUUCACCAUAUUCUCUAUGCAUGCCAACCACAAGACACUCCACCAUGCAUCGGGGACUGUAAGCCUGCAAAAGCAAAACCAAGAGUUGGAAAAAGAUUUUACGCGUUUCGAGAUGCUCGCUAGCAGAAGCAACAUUGCCGCGAUUCGCUCAGAUCCCAUCGAGUCUCUCCAGGGAACGAUGGUUUACAAACUACUGUCGUCACUAGUGGAUUAUGCCGAAAGUUAUCGGGGAGUGCGCAGCUUGGCCACGAGGGGCAACCAGAUUGCAGCCAAGGUUGUGCUGCCAAAGGCACUCGGAAACCAUCUGCACGAUGCCAGUAUAAUCAACACCGCAUUCUGCAACUACUUUACGCAAGUUGCAGGCAUUUAUGCGAACUUCAUGUGUGACUCUCCGGCAGGCUCUAUCUCGAAAUUGGCCAGUAUAGAUGUCGUGAGAACAGGCCCCAGCUAUCGGCCGCUUCGUGAAGAGGGAUUUUCGGAGGCUGUAUAUGAUGUGCUGGCAUACGCUACGCCUAGUACUGGAAGCGUUGCGAGCGACAUUUUUGUCUAUGAAGCUGCCACUGGGAGAAUGGUACUUUACAUUCUAGGCGCAGUGUUUGUAGUCAUCGAGGAUCCAGCGGCAACCACAAAGUUUCCCUCUCCGGUCACCAACGAGGAACCGACUUCACGCAGGCAGCAAGUUAUUGCAACGACUCCCAUGAACUUGCAGCCCGCCAAGUCAGCACCAGACGAAGCCAAGUGUACAGUCAGGGAAUUGGCUGUGCCCCAUCAUCGAUCUAGCCCAGAUCCCAAGAGUGUCGUUCAAGCUGAGAUAGUCCGCAUCCUUGAAGACAUCGCAGAGAUCAAUCCUGCCACAGUCCAUGGAGACUCCAAGUUUGAAAGCCUUGGACUCGACUCCCUUAUGAUUAUGGAGGUCAUCGGUGAACUUUCGAGUACCUUCAGAAUCGACUUGCCUCUUGACGAGCUGAUGGAGCUCAUAGAUGUCGAGGCACUAUCAAAGUACCUGACGUCCCGUGGCUGUGGACGCAGCCAUGACGUGCACUUGGAAUCUGAUCAGGGAACUCAGUGUGGCAGCUCCUCUGCAUCACCAGUCACGAUGACAGUAUCCGGAUCCUGGGCUUCAGCAUACCAGCCUACCAGUCCAGCAUCUGAGUCACCCCCGCCGACAAUUGACGUAUCACGGAGACUUUCCUUACUCAUCUGUGAACAUUUGGAACUUGAUAACAUGCAGCUAAGCGGCGAAGAAAACCUCGCGGACCUUGGUCUCGACUCCCUGGUUGCUAUUGAGAUUGCGAGCGAUGUGAAACGACAAUUUUCCGUGGAAAUUGAUAUGGAAGAGCUGGACGACCGAUCUACCUUCGCUGAUCUGUUGAGACUCGUGACGGGCCAUGUGAUGUUGCCAGGUCCCACGACAACAAGUCGACCACAGCCCUCGCAGUGUCAAGCGAGCCCUUGGAACAGGUCAGAUUCGGUCCACAUGCUGUCCACCAUCGAGUUGGCCAAGCCAGAUGUGGUCACUGCAUCUCGAGCAUUCGAAAGUGUGAAGCUAUCGUUCGAUUACUAUGCCAACGACACUGGUUUCGUAGGCUUCUGGUCCAAAGUGUAUCCCGAUCAGAGCGAGCUUGUGGUUGCAUAUGUUAUUGAGGCAUUCGAACAGCUUGGCUGCAACCUGCGGGACCUUUCUGCUGGGGAAAGACUUUCGACCAUGAAGGUCGAAUCUAAGCACCAACACUUGCUGGAACGUAUGCAUGUGAUCCUCGCGGAUGCUCGACUGCUCGAAACUCGAAACAACAGCCAUUUCCGAACAUCAACACCUCUCUCAGGCAGACCGUCCGCAGAACUCUACGCCGCAAUGCUCGACCGCCAUCCCCAACACGCCUCAGAGACCAAGCUUUUGCACGUCACAGCUUCCCGUCUCGCUACCUGCCUCACAGGAUCUUGUGACCCACUUCGUCUUCUUUUCGCGGAUCCAACAGCCAAACAGACCCUCUCAGACGUGUACGAGAGCGCUCCGAUGUGCCUGGCCACCACGCGCCUCCUCGGAGAUUAUCUACAGAAAAAAGUCUCGGCCUUCACGGACUCUGAGAGCGGGAGCAAAGCUCGACCAUUCCGAGUCCUCGAAGUCGGAGCUGGGACCGGAGGAACAGCACUCUAUCUUGUAGAGCAUCUCCAGUCUUUGAAUGUCGACUUUGAGUAUCACUUUACAGAUAUUUCAGGUGCAUUGGUUUCGGCUGCGAAACGCAAGUUCCGCAGUCUUCCGUCGACUGUGGCAGCAAACAUGCAUUUCGGCACCCUGGACUGCAACAAUCCCUGUCCUCCAUCUCUUUCGGGGACAUUCGACGUGGUUAUUGCAACGAACUGCAUUCAUGCUACACCACAUGCCAGCCGUUCAUGUGCAAACAUCAAAGAUUUGUUGAUGGAGGAUGGGGUAUUUUGCUUGGUGGAGUUUACCAGAUCGUUGUAUUGGUUUGAUCUCGUGUAUGGCUUAUUGGAAGGUUGGUGGCUAUUUGAUGAUGGAAGAGUACACGCGUUGGCUGAUGAGAAGUUCUGGGAGAAGAGUCUGAAAAAUGCUGGCUUUGAGGAGGUGAAGUGGACGGAUGGGGACUCGGCGGAGAGUCAAACUAUGAGGUUGAUUUGUGCUUUUCCUUGACAGGCUCCGUGCGGCAACGGUGGGACGAUGGCGGCGUGCUUUUUUAUAAGAUGCAUCGCACAAUUUUGGGUGGUAUCGGGGCAUUAUGAUAGAUCAUUCAUGGACUUUUGUCGGGUGAGGUGCCCAUUCUUCUUCUCCAGUCAUCCAGCGCCUUGUCAGCAUCAGCUGUCUCGUUUUCACAUCGCUCGCCAACCAGAUUCCACGUCCUGCUCCGGAUGAUCGUUUCCACCAUUCUCUCGUUGCGAACCAGACCAGCGAGUGACUCGGUCCUUGUGUCCCGGGGAAAGUAGCGUGCACUAUACGGGUCCAGUCUCUCAUCGACAAUGCGUUCGCGAGCCCGAGCAUCUUCCGUUUCUCUCAGCAUGUGGUCGGGGUCGUCCGGAUCAGGCGAAGUUGCCACGCCCGCACAAUAAUUGAGCACAUCGGAUCGACUUUGCCAGGAACUAGAAGAAAAAAAAGAAGAGAUAGAAAAACCAAAGCAUCAGAGCAGAAAACUUUGGGGCGAGCGAGUUGUGAGCUGUAAGGGUAUCACCACGUACGGAAAAAGCACCCGGUCCUGAAAGGUUUGACAUGUGGUCGAGUCUAUCAUUGCUCGCCGGCCCAUAGGUCGUUGAUGCCGGCCCAUCGUCGUCAUCGUCGUCGAUGAGGAAUCAAAAGGGUUUGCGCUCGGCGUGACCAAAGCGUUGAGGUUUUGGGUGAUGGUGUCGUCGAUGGCGGAUCGAGAUAUGCGU